AUAUCUUUCUUCUCGAUAUUUAUAUAUAUAAUAAUUAUAUGUGGUGGAUGAUUUGAAGAGCAGAAAAGUAAGUGAUAUUUUGCAAAAGAUAUGUUCUUAAGGAUGGGGUGGUCUUCUUGGUGUUUGUUUCUUGUCCUCCUGUACCUUUCUUGGAGUUGGAGUAGUGAAUGUCAAGAGACUAACAAUAUAAGACUUCCUAGUAGCAAAGAAGAUCAUCAUCAUGGCCAUAUUCAUGUUGAUGAUCAUCAUCAUGGUCCAUCAUCACCACACGCUCAUCCUGACCAUUCAAUACCAACGAUUUUUAUCAACAUUAAUGACCUAAAAGUGGGUUUAACAAAGCCCAUCUAUUUUCCAAAGAACAAGAAGCCUUCUCCUCCUUUUCUGCAAAGACAAUUAGGACCUCCUAACUCGGAUCCACUCUCCAUAGAAAACCUUCCCAACCUUCUUAGGCUAUUCUCAGUUCCUCAAGGCUCACCACAAGCCAAAACCAUGGAGUCAACUCUCUUGAUGUGUGUGCCUAGCCCCAUAGAAGAUGAGAUAAGGCUGUGUGUUACUUCCUUUGACUCAAUGGCUGAAUUCGUACGUGGCGUCUUCGGAUUGGCCGGAUUAGGCCACGGCUUCACAUUUCUUACAACAUUGUUCGACAAUGGUUCCAAUACCAGGUACCAAAACUACACCAUUUUGGAAGAUCUGAGAGAGAUUCCAAUCCCCAAGAUGGUGGCAUGCCAUCUUAUGGAGUUCCCUUAUGCUGUGUAUGGAUGCCAUAUCAUGGCCAAGGACAGGAAACUCUACAAGAUGUCGUUGAGUGGCCAAAACGGAGAUAGAGUUGAAACCAUUGUCGUUUGUCACCUGGACACCUCUGAGUGGGAACCAGAACAUCCUUCGUUCAAGGUGCUAGGGUUUGGGCCAGGGAUGGGACCUGUCUGUCAUUUCUUCAGUGAACAUGAUUUUGUAUGGAUUCCUUCCUCUAUUUCAGUCUAAGCUAUAUACAUAUAAAUAAAUCAAUAAUAAAUCUGAGGGUUGAUAUUAUAUAUCUAUAUAUUUAUAUAAACCUUCUUCUAGAAAUAUUAUUGGUAUUUAGUAAUAAUGUCGUUUCAUUCAUGUGGUAUCCUUAAGUUGUAUGCUUGAUCUUGUUCCCAUAAUUAAUUUCGAUGAAAUAA